CAGGGCGCCCUUUCUUUAUCUCUGUCAUUUUUUCUUUCUCUUUCUUCUCUUUCCUUCCCUCCCCCACCUUCACUGCAACCCUCUCUCAGUUGCAAGAUUACUCUUUUUUUGUUACUUUCUUAAAAGAAAAAACGCACCUUUUUGUGAAAAAGUCACACUUUUUUUUUCCAAUUCACACAAAACACGCACAUUGCAAGGCAUAAUGGGCAAACCUAGAGACACGACAAGGUUGAACAAUUCCAGCCGUAAAGGUGGCACCAGGAAAAGUUACCUUGACAGCGGUGACACUAUCAGUAACCAUGGCGGCGGCAGCAGCAGCAGCAGCAGCAGCAAAAUAAGCAACAGCGGUAGCACCAGUCAUAGCAGUAGUAGUCGUAAGACCGUCCAUGUCUUGCAUAAGGCUUCCUCUAAAGAAUCGCGCUCAAGCCCUUGCUCUUCUCACUCGCUCGGUGUCAAAAGUUCUGGACGGAUCACCAAGCGUUCCCAUAGCAAAAGAACGAUUGAGCGACAAGUAAGCUUGGAGACAGAGGAAACGUAUUGGCGUGAAUAUACGGGCGUGAUACCUGACGAACAACUCGAGCUGGAGGACAUUUUCGGACGCGAUCCAAAUAUCUGGGGAUACCUUGAAAGCAUGAAUACUGCAGUUGUCCAGUCCCAAAUCCUGACGCGUUCAGCGGUCGGUCCUGCAAAGGUCAUACGAGCACAUUGUGAAGAUCGCUUUUCGUAUCUGAUAGGAUCUGGCCCUACGUGUGACGUUCGUGAUCCUGGCAACGUACUCUCACCAAACCACUGCAUGAUCUACAACCGAUGUGAAAUCCACACCAACGACAUUCAGGGCGCCAAGCCAAAGUCCAACCUCAUUUUAUUAUAUGAUCGAAGCAAUAAGGGAACCUGGGUGAACAAUGUCAAAAUGGAGGAAAGCGAAGUUGUGCUAGAGGACAACGACAUUAUCAGUUUCAAGGAAUCGAAUGAAAGUGAGCCAUAUCUGUCGCUUAGAAUUCGUCUUCCAACCUACUUUCGACAUAUCAAAGACACCUUCAAUAAUGGUAUCAAGGCAUAUUACGCGUUCAAUCGUCGUAUUGGCUAUGGCUCGUUUGGCGAGGUGUUUGAAGCCGAAUGCCUUACUUCUGGAAGAAUCGUGGCAGUGAAAGAGAUCCCCCGAAACAAGUAUGAGGGCAAGCCCAAAACGCUGCAGUCUUUACUCAGAGAAAUUGCGAUCUAUACUUCUUUGCAGCAUCAUCCAGGCAUUGUACGAAUGGAAAGAGUUCUGGAAAUCGACGGUACCUUCUAUAUUGCCAUGGAACUUGGACAAAGCGGCGACUUGUUCGAUCACAUCAAUAGUAUCCCAAAUCCACUGACCGAGGACGAGGUGCGAAUCAUCUUUGAUCAAAUCUUUCAUGCUGUGGAGUAUCUUCACGACCAAGAUAUCGCACAUCGAGACUUGAAGCUGGAAAACAUCAUUCUCAUGGAUAAAAAGAACCUGCGUGCCAAGGUUGCCGAUUUCGGUCUUGCUACAUUCUAUCGUGGUAAACCGCUCCAUACCAUGUGCGGAACGCAAUCUUAUGCUGCACCAGAACUCGUCUUGGAAACAAGCUGCAAUUACGACAAAGCAGUGGACAUUUGGAGUUUGGGUGUCAUGUUGUUUCUCACUUUGGCCAAGACCCCACCCUUUUAUGAUGCAUCUGUCCACCCACCCACUCCCGAAGAGCAAAGAAUCAUGCUUCAACGUAUCAAGAGUGCAGACUAUAACUUUUACGGGGCUGCAAAGUGGGAAACCAUCAGCGACCUAGCCAAGGAUCUGAUCAAUAACAUGCUGGUUGUGGAUGCCAACGAACGAUAUACCAUCAAGCAAGUGUUGCAACAUCCGUGGUUGCGGGAGGUUGAGGCAAGUAUCCUCCUCGAUUGACCCUACUCACAUUACUCACUGUGGAAGUUAAUCAAUAUUUGUUUCAUUAUAGGGUCCUCGCACGCAUUUGAAGGGAUACAAGCGGUGCCCCGAACUAGUGGAAUACUUGAAGAACAAAAAAAAGUGUCCUUCUUCCGCUACCUUUGAUUCUUCAGCACCCUCUUCACCCACGCCAACGAUACCAGCAACAAGAGUCGCAUCAUCCUCCUCCUCUUCUUCUUCUUCUUCAUCACCUUCUUUACCAGCUCAAUCUGCCGGACUGAGCAGCGAUCCAACAUCACCGUUGGCUA